UAUUUACAUAAUGUCCAAGUACUUCCCCAGUGUCAAAGAGUUACCUCCAGACCCCUUGUUUGGGUUAAAGGCCAGAUUCACCUCCGACUCUCGUUCGGAUAAAGUGGAUUUAGGUAUUGGUGCUUACAGAGAUAACAAUGGUAAACCAUGGAUAUUACCUGCUGUGAAGAAAGCUGAAGCCCAGUUGGUCAGUGGCGCCAACUACAAUCAUGAAUAUUUAUCCAUUGAAGGGUUUGCUGGGUUUGUCAACAGUGCUGCCAGAAUCAUAUUGGGAGAUGACUCGGUGGCUAUCAAAGAGAACAGACUCCUCAGUCAACAGAGUUUAAGUGGUACUGGUGCUUUACAUGUGGCCGGUAAGUUCUUGAAAGAGUUCUACCACAAAUCCGAUGCAAAGAUCUAUUUGUCCAAGCCAACAUGGGCCAACCACAAUCAGAUUUUUCAAACCUUGGGGUUUGAAACUGCUACUUACCCGUACUGGGAUAACGACACCAAGUCAUUGGAUUUGACCGGCUUCUUGAAGGCCAUUGACGAUGCCCCCAAAGGAUCUAUUUUCUUGUUACAUGCUUGUGCACACAACCCCACUGGGUUGGACCCCUCUAAAACUCAGUGGCUCGAGAUUUUGGAUAAAUUGGUUGCAAAUGACCAUUUACCUUUAUUUGAUAGCGCCUACCAAGGGUUUGCUAGUGGAGACUUGGAGUUGGAUAGUUACUCCAUCAGAACUGCCGUGAACUCGAAGAAAUUCUCUGCUCCCAUUGUCAUUUGCCAGUCGUUUGCUAAGAACUGUGGAAUGUACGGGGAGAGAGUAGGUGCUGUUCACGUGAUUCCGAGCGAAACUAACGAAGCUUUGAACAAGGCCAUUGUUUCGCAGUUGAAGAAGAUCAUCAGAUCCGAAAUCUCCAACCCUCCAGCGUAUGGAUCCAAGGUGGUUGCAACUAUUUUGAACGAUCCAGAGUUGUUCAAGCAAUGGAAAGAUGAUUUAAUUACCAUGAGUUCGAGGAUCAACCAGAUGAGAAUCAAGUUGAGAGAUAGUCUUGUUGAGUUACAAACUCCAGGCACCUGGGACCAUAUUGUAAACCAAACCGGUAUGUUUUCGUUUACAGGAUUGUCAUCCGAUAUGGUCAAGAGAUUGGAAGAGAAGCACGCGGUAUAUUUGGUAAGCAGUGGCAGAGCUUCUGUGGCCGGAUUAAAUGAGCACAACAUCAACAAGGUGGCCAAAUCUUUUGAUGAGGUUGUUAGAUUUUAUACAAAGAGUAAGCUCUAAUCUAUAUAUGCAAUUCGAUGAGUAUU